AUGGGUCUUGCGAUGAAAGAGGCCUUGGAAAAACUGAGUGGUGAUGAGAUCGCAAUGUUGAUGCGAGCAUUCAGCUUUGCCUCUAGUGACACGGCACCGAAACCAACCCCAGCACCUACACCAGCACCUAGGGUGGAGCUUCCCCCGAUUGAUGUGAAACUCGAUGGUCCAGCUUCGUAUCUGCGCUGGUCACGUCGAGUGCGAUACACACUAGUAGGGAGGAAAUUAGAGGGGUACUUGACUGGAGCGGUUACUAAGCCGGUUGAGGAUACUCCAGCAUGGGAUGAUUGGAGGUCUAUUCACAUGCUGGUGUAUGUCUGGCUCUUAAACUCGAUGACUACACCGAUUGCGGCCAAUGUUGAUGGUAUGGAGGAUGUGCGGUGUGUCUGGGAGAAGCUGAAGAAGACUUAUGAUGGAGUGGGGAACAACCUGAGGGUUUACCAGGUCCAAGUGGAGAUCGCUGCUUGUGUACAGGGGGAAAGGACUGUUCAGGAGUAUGCCAUAGAGCUGGAGCGCUUGUGGCUGGAUCAUGACUACUGCACGAGGACAUUGUGUUGCACUGAUCCCGCGUACAGGAAGACUGAGGCUUGUAUGCAGGAUAGGACCAUGGGGUUUCUCAGAGGUCUGGCCCCAACCUUUGAGCAGAGGACUGCAAUGUUAUUGGCUCAGCCGAAGAUUCCCUCGCUUGAGGAGGCAGUCUCGGCCAUGAUACAGGAGGAGACCCGGAUUGAGCUCCAGGCCGGGGCAGGGGGACUUCCAGGGGUGAAGUCAGCCCUAGCUGUCUCCAACUUAGGUGGUUCCAGGUUUAGAGGUGAGACCCGGGAAUGCUACAAUUGUGGAGAGGUAGGCCACUUGAUAUCGGCUUGCACCAAGUCACCAAAGGCGAGGAACUCCGGUGGACGUGGUCAGUCUGGUGAGCGCGGUCGUGGUCGUGGCCGUGGCCGCAGAGGAGGUGGAAGAGGGGGCUACCGGGCAAACCUGAUGGUAGCAGGUGAAGAUAAUGGAGAUGGUGUGCAGGAGGAGGAGCUCUCUGCGGAGGAUCAGGAGCUCUUGAGAUCCUACUCCCAACUUCUUAGGAGAAAGGGAAGAGGUGCGGUAGAGAAUGCAUCUACCUCGGGUAACAUUGCCACUUAUGCUCAUUUAGUUGCAGGUACUAGUGACACCCAUGCUCUUGCCUCUAUAUCUACCGUUGGUUCACCAUGGAUUAUUGAUUCUGGUGCUUCCAGACAUGUUACGGGUACGGUUGGAGAAUUUUCUUCUUAUACUCACCUGGAAAUCCCUGAGAGUAUUCGAACAGCCGAUGGUACGGCCCAACCCGUAGUGGGUAAGGGUACUGUGCGAUGUACUGACUCAUUGACUUUGUCCAAUGUUUUGCAUGCUCCAUCUUUUCCAGUAAAUCUCUUAUCCAUUAGUGCUAUUAUCCUCCAACUGAAAUGUGUUGUCACUUUUGAUAUUCCCAAGGUGAUCUUCCAGGAGAAGGGAACGGGCAGGAGGCUUGGGACUGGCACAUGGCGUAAUGGCUUGUGGUUUCUUGAGAGAAAAGAGAUGGACUCAGCCCUCGCAUCUGUGGUGGAGAGAUCUGGAGGAGUGAGGAGUAGUGUGGAAGACUUGUUGUUGCUCUACCAUAGGUGA